AUGGCAGAAAACAAUGUUGGUGCAAAUAAUGGAUUCAGCGAAUUGGAAGAUCAAGAAGUAGAUUGUAAUAGUUCUUAUUUUAAUGACUUUUUAAAAGAAAUUGAGAAUGAUUAUAAAGGUUGUGGCUCACAACUAUGA